AUAUUAAGUUGUGCGGUAUUUUAGGCGGUUAGACGCGUGAAAUUCUUUGAAAUUUUAUUUCUGCAAAGUUAAUAGCAGCUAGCUCGCCCUCAGUUAGCCAGAUACUCCUCUUAUAAUUUUAUUCACAUUAACUAUCUUUAUAAUAUUCACACAAGCACUGACGUUUGUGCUGAUUAUUAUCGCUAAAUCAUGAUUUUACGGAUUAUUAUUUUAAAUCCCAUCUAUAUUUUAUGCUGAAUUGUAUACAGAUGUUUCUAAUGAAUGCUAAGCAAAACUGCAUAUCAGUUAACUUCCACUCUCGCAUACACACAUAAACACACACAGCAUCUCUGAUUCAUCGUUUACCAGGAAAUCUUCAACAUUGGCAUGAUGUACAGUUUAAUAUCACGGGGUUACACAACUGAACACCCUUAUAAUGAAAUACAUUACUGAUCCAUUUGUUUCAUGAUUAUCAGCCCUCCUUGGGGAGUUCAAGCCCAGGAGUUUCGGUUGGGUCAGAUAACGUUGACUUUGAGCCCUCAGCGGAGAUGUUGUUACCAGAAUAUGAGGAUGAUCAGACCCCUGAAGAUGAGGAGCUGCCUGAAGGAGAUGCUAACUUUAGCAAUGAGAUAGAAGAACUUGAAAAGGAGGGGGAAAUGCCCAUCCAGGAGCUUCUGAACCUCUAUAGAUAUGGUGGCAGCGGGUCGCCAGAGGAUGAAGAGGAGGAGGAAGAUGAGGAGGAGGAUGUGGAUGGAGAUGGAGAUGAAGACGAUGAUGAUGAAGGAGAGGACAUAGAUAACGAUGAGAGCAGCAGAAGCACUGAAGAACUAAAGAAGAACAAGGAAGGUGGAGGGAAGAUCUCCAAGGGUCUGGCAGAUAAGAGUCACUCCGCUGAUGGUCGAACAUGUGCAGUAAAAGCCUGUAACACAUCUGAACUCAUACGUUCUCAGAACCGCAGUUACUUUCAGAAUAAUGAAGUAGAUGAGGAAUCAGAGGAGGAUGAAGACUAUAUUCCCUCUGAGGACUGGAAGAAAGAGAUCAUGGUUGGGUCCAUGUAUCAGGCCGAAACACCGUCUGGACUGUGCAAAUACAAAGAGAACGAGAAAGUGUAUGAAAACGACGACCAGCUGCUGUGGAAUCCUGAGAUCCUCCCUGAACACAUCGUGAUGGAGUUUCUCACAGAAGCUUGUCGACGGACGGGAGAAGAGACGGGAGUAGAUGCUAUUCCUGAAGGAUCCCACAUCAAAGACAAUGAGCAGGCUUUAUAUGAGCUGGUAAAGUGCAACUUUGACACUGCAGAAGCUUUACGAAGAUUGAGAUUCAACGUUAAAGCAGCCAGAGAGGAACUGUCUGUAUGGACAGAGGAAGAAUGCAGGAGUUUUGAACAAGGCUUAAAAGCGUAUGGAAAAGACUUUCAUUUCAUCCAGGCCAACAAGGUCAGAACGCGGUCAGUCGGGGACUGUGUGGCUUUUUAUUACAUGUGGAAGAAGUCUGAGCGGUACGAUUUCUUUGCACAACAAACUAGACUUGGUAAAAGGAAAUACAACCUUCACCCCGGAGUGACGGAUUACAUGGACAGACUGCUGGAUGAGACAGAAAGCACUACAUCCAGUCGAGCAACCACGCCCUUACCUGCCCCUUCUAGUAGCAGCACCAGCCAAUCAGAGCGAGAGGAUAUUAGCGGUCACAACGGACUCAACAGUCAUAGCUCCAGUGCAGAAUCCACACAAACACUAAGCAGUAUGAACGAGAUGAAGAGCGAGUCCCUUCAUUCGAACGGAGCGGACAGCGUACCCACAGAUCAUCCGGACUCUAAUGGCUGUAAACUUACAGACGCUCUUAACGUGGACACUAACGGCUCUGUGAAACGCCAGCAGGACUGCCAGUCUCCCGACAGGCCGACUAAAAAGUGCCGGACAGAAUUAGACACGCCGGUCCAGGUUGAGAUGGACGCUUCCAGAGCGAAGGAAGAUUAAACGAGACCAAAGUAGAAAGCGGGGAGACGGGACAGCGCUGUGACCCCCAUCAAACCCUAAACCCAAAGCCAAGCUGCUCCACAAACACCACUCUUCAGCUCCAACUCUAGUUUUUUCACAAAACUAUUUUACAGAGAAAUGUAUAUUCUUUUUGUAACGGAUUUUGUCUGAUAUUUUUGUACUGACAAGAUAUUUAUAUUUUUAUUAGGACGUUUUGACAAUAUGCUGUAAAAGCCAUUAUGCAUUAUUCAUAAGGAUGAUUGUUGUUAGGCGUGGCCUCCUGCCUUGAGGGCGGGGUCAGUGUGCGUCUCCAUGCACAUCAAGCUGCAUUUUUGUCCUGUGCUUGACGGAGGUGUAUGGUACGCCCUUAACAGCUGGUGUAGAAAUAAAUAAGAUGAUAGAUUCACUCCCAA